AAAGACGAAUCCAAACAGAAUCCCCUUACUAAGAGGCGUUCCUCCAGGAGACUGGCGUUCCUCGAGAACUAAAGUAUUCAAAGUCUAAUCCCCAAUCGAAGCCAAGACAAGACAGUCAGCUGAUUUGCAUCGUCAAGCUUCAAGUUCAAACUGAAAGAGAAACAUUAGUGAUGUAUAAAAAGAAGCAAAAUUGAAAAUCAAAGAAGGGGUCAAUAGUGUGAUGUAUAAAAGAUCAAUCAUUUACAUAUGAGGAAGAGUGGAAUUUAAAGCUUCAACCACUUUCGGAUUCAGGUUCCGCGGAAAAUGGGCAAUCUCAAUCUUGCGGUGAUCAUCAAGAACCCUGGAGACUCCGCCCAGUUCCUCCUCGAGAAGCAAAAACAUCCUGCAAAAUUUGGGGACGAAGCUUACGACUCCUACGUCGAUUCCAAUCUCUGGGACCUCCCAUCAGCAGAUCUACCGACUCUAGAAGACGGAACAAGGUCCAGCUUUUCUCUCUCUAUAGCUGAAUCGUGCUCAGAAGAGAUAGAUUUGAAGAACUUCGACUUAGAAACUAUCCUGAAUGGACUGUUGGCGAAUCUAGGGAUUGAGUUUAGCGAUGUGGGAGAGUGGAGUUUCGACAGGUAUGUAGUGGAGCCUGAGUUUGGACCUGACUCAUGCGUCCGUACUUGUUUUCUCGCCGGGAAGCUAAUGGAUACAGACAAAAGUUUACAAGACAACUGUAAGUGGAUGUCCAUGGAAGCUUGCGUUGACUGUCUUGUUGAUGCAAAACAGGGAAGUGAUCGUGUUGGACCAUUAGUACUACUCGGGCUUGGGGAUGGUUCCAUGAAGCAGAAGUUGUCACCUUCUCUACCUGUCCAGGAAUAUCCACCUGGUGUUAUGGUUGUGCCAAUGCGUAGCAGGACAUUGAAACCUUUCACGACAACUAAUCUGGUUGUAUUUGCUCCAGAGAAUGUUUCAGUGGACUAUAAAGAGACAGGUUUUGUAACUCGUGGGGAUGCGUUGAUUGUGGAUCCUGGUUGCCACUACAAACUCCACACUGAGCUCAAAAAAAUUGUUGAUGCUUUACCUAGAAAGCUAAUUGUCCUUGUUACACACCACCAUCGUGAUCACAUUGGUGGACUUUCUGCUAUACAAGAAAGCAAUCCUGAUGCUGUUCUUGUGGCACAUGUCAAAACUAAGAACCGCAUUGAUGGUUGGUCUGGUAACUAUACCCCAGUUUCUGGAGGAGAGAACAUAUAUGUCAAUGGUCAGAGUUUGACCGUCAUUUUCGCUCCGGGACACACAGAUGGCCAUAUGGCACUACUUCAUAACCCCACUCGUUCUCUGAUUGUUGGGGAUCAUUGUGUUGGUAAAGGAAGUGCUUUCUUGGACAUAAGGUCAGGUGGGAACAUGACGGAAUACUUUCAAACGACAUAUAAGUUCCUGGAGCUUUCUCCACAUGUAGUGAUUCCCAUGCAUGGAAGGGUCAAUCUGUGGCCAAAACACAUGCUUUGCGGAUAUCUCAAAAACCGCAGGAGCAGAGAAGAAUCUAUCCUAAAGGCCACUGAGGAUGGCGCUCAGACAUUGUUUGACAUAGUUUCCAAUGUGUACUCAAAAGUGGAUCGCAGUUUCUGGUUGGCUGCAGCGUCAAACGUGAGGCUGCAUAUCGACAACCUAGCUGUAGAAAACAAAUUACCAGAGGGAUUCUCUAUCCAGAAAUUUAGAGCAAGUUGCGGAUUUAGUUUUAAGGUACGGUGGGCAGCGGGUUAUACCGGUAGCCGGAUUCCAUUCAAGAUCAAUAAGCGAGGUUUAAUUAUGUCAGUAAUAGCUGCAGGAGCUGGUUAUUUUCUUCUCUUCGCUUGCAAAAAGAAGAACACUAUUGAAUCUUGAUUAGUGAAGGCCUGUGGCCACAGCUUAUUUAAUCCAUGUGUGCUCCUUUGGCAGAAUGAGAAGUCCUUUUGAUAAAUAUGAAAUACCAAUGAGAUAGCCAAUACAUUGUACUAGGGGAUUCUCCGGUGCUCAUGGAUGGAUGUAACUCUUUAUAAAAUUAGUAUAUUAUAAUUAAUUGAUAUUUUACUUUUGGUUUGAAA